CUCAAAAAAAAAAAAAAACAAAAAAAAACCACUUAAACCGACUCCCAGAAUCAAGGCGGCAGCUUCAGUGUGCACUCUGGUAUGUGACAAUUACACUGCAUUAAACUGAGCUCAGGUUUACCGCACACGUCUUUGCUCAGUCUCCCCUCCAUCUCUUCAGCUCCAGCCCCACCUACCCCAGUGCCUGCACCGCCCCCCAAAAUACUUGCUCUGUUUUUUUGUUUUUGCAAUGUAGAAUAACAUUUGUUCAUUUUUGCGAUGUAUAAAUUAAGGACAUGGGUUCUAGAGCCAAACUAACCUAAUUCCAAAUCCUGACGCUGUCCCGUAUUAAUUCUCUGACUUUGGGCGAAUUACUUAGCUUGUCUAAAUGUCAGUUACCUCAUCUAUGAAAUGGGGCUAGGACCUAACUCACUGGGUUCUCAUGAGGAUUAAGUGACAUAGUGCACAUAAGGUUUCUGGAAUGGAGGAAGCGCUCCUCACCUGGCAGGGACUUGCCCGGGGCUUCUUGUCCGGCUGGACUUGGCUAAUGACCACGGAUCCCCUGUGGACACUCCAGGGGGCCGCCUGCCAAAACAUAUCCCCACCUCCUUGCCCCUUGAGUGAGUACACGGCAGGCAGGACUUAGGGAGGGACUAUUCCAAGUUGUAGCCAUGGAACUGUUACUAUUUCUAGCCUUUAUUUUCCUUUUGUCAUCCCUUUGGGCUCACUGAGCCAUAGAAUGAUGGAGAGAGAUGAGACCUUGGACCUCAGAGGCCAUUUGACUCGAUCACCUGUCUUCAUGUCAUUUAUCCGGGUGGGCAGUGACCGGCCGGUCCGCAGGUGCUGGGCGGGGCUCUGGGAUAAAGCGUGGAUAGAGACGCAGUCCCUGCACGGGGAGCUCUCAACCUUCUGCCAGAUCACACUGGGUCUCAGAGAGCCAAAGCAACUGGCCCGAGUCACUGCUCGUUAGUGCCAGAGCCAGUCCAAGGUCCCCAGCCCAAGCCUCUCCUUACACCCCAGGUCUGAAUAGCACCCUCAGAGUGUCUGAGCAUUCGUUCCUCACUUUGCUCUACUCUUAAGGCCUUUUGCUUCACCAACCUAAAGUGUAAGAAUCCCCACCCCUCGUCCCCUGCCAAGGACUGGGGCAAAUUAACAUGCCUGGCUACAGUCACCUUCCUCACUCCCAUUACUGGGAUCCAGCUUGUGGGAUGAGCAGCUUCCACGAUGCUUUGGCUACAUUCAAGGCUCCCCCGUUGCUUGCUUUUACUUCCACUCACUGAUAGGUUCAACUUGAUUUCAGGUACCUUCCAAGUUUCUUUUUGAAAAAGAGACAGAAAGUGAGGUCGUAGAAUGGUCUCGCUGAUUUUUAAAAAAUGCUCUUCCUCUUUCGGAACUGUGUGAGGCGACAUUUGCACAUAUGCACACCAGCCAAAACUAAUAGUGCUUGCGAGUUGAGAGUAGCCUGAGACAUCAACUCUUAUAAACUUCAAUUAGGCAUUUUAUCCACGUCACUGAGCUGUGUAUUUUAAGAACCUGUUUUGCUCAAGAUGAGGAUGGCAUGAAAUGAAAACAGAACAGAAGCCCGAGGGCUUCUGGGACUUUCUUUUGAGGCAAAAUGAUGCUUCAACACCCAGGCCAGGUCUCUGCCUCGGAAGUCAGUGCUUCUGCCAUCGUCCCCUGCCUGUCCCCUCCUGGGUCACUGGUGUUUGAGGAUUUUGCUAACCUGACACCCUUUGUCAAGGAAGAGCUGAGGUUUGCCAUCCAGAACAAGCACCUCUGCCACCGGAUGUCCUCUGCGCUGGAGUCGGUCACUGUCAGCGACAGACCCCUGGGGAUGUCGGUCACAAAAGCCGAGGUAGCCCCUGAAGAAGAUGAAAGGAAAAAGAGGCGACGGGAAAGAAAUAAGAUUGCAGCAGCCAAGUGCCGAAACAAGAAGAAGGAGAAGACAGAGUGCCUGCAGAAAGAGUCGGAGAAGCUGGAGAGUGUGAAUGCAGAACUGAAGGCCCAAAUUGAGGAGCUCAAGAACGAGAAGCAGCAUUUGAUAUACAUGCUCAACCUCCAUCGGCCCACUUGUAUUGUCCGGGCUCAGAAUGGGCGGACUCCAGAAGACGAGAGAAACCUCUUUAUCCAACAGAUAAAAGAAGGAACAUUACAGAGCUAAGUGGCCACGGUGUGGGGGCAACUGGGGAGUCCUCAUCGAAUCCUCCUUUUAUACCCAAAACCCUAAAGCCAUUGGAGAGCUGACUUCCUGUGCACCUCUAGAAUCCCAGCAGCCGAGAACCAUCGAGGUGGGAGGGCCCUCGGUGACUCCGCCGGGCCUUUCUGUUCUGCCCCAGGGUGGAUCUUGGAUCAGGGCAAGUGCACCUUUGCCUCAACUCCAGGACUUAGGCCUUAAGACACUGGCCAUUCUUAGAUGUUCCAGAUGGCCCCUGGUUAGGGUCCUGCCCACCUUUCAUCUGGAUUCUGUAAAAACCAGGAUGCCCACCGCUAGGACUCAUGCAGAAGUGUCUGAAUCUUGCGCAGGUGGGGUGGGGCCACCACCUCCACUGAGGCUGCUAUCGUCACUCGUAGGGGACAUGGAGUGAGAACGGCAUUUAGCGAAGUUGUGCAAUGGCCAGGGCUUGUGCUUUCUAGCAAAUAUGCUGUUAUUGUCCAGGAAUUACUGUGUGCAAGGCAUUCAUUUCAAAACUAGGCAUUGUGCUCUUUUGAUGUUUGUUUGGCACAACACUGGUGUGACUUUUACAUGAUUUUCCUCGGAUCUGGUUUCUGAGAGCUUGGGGGGCUGUCACCAUGUGCGGUGUCUCACAAAAUGUUCAAGUGGCCAGAAGAGCUUGUCAGCUCCCGGAGAACAGAAUUCUCCCGGUGUUAAUACAGAAUCCGUGGGCAUGACAGUGGGUCCUCUGUUGCAAACUCAGUUCCAAUGUCACAGGAAGAAAGCAGAAAGAAAGUCCAACUUCCAAAGGGUUAGGACUCUCCACUAAGCGACUUAGGUCAGGAGUUAGGCUGGAAGAGCCAAAGAAUAUUCCAUUUUCCUUUCCUGGUGGUAGAAAACCACAGUCAGUGGAGACUUGUUUAAGGCCAGGUGAUGCCCAGGCUUUAGCAUUGUUGGGUGUCAAUGGCAUUGUUUUUGUCAUGUAGCUGUUUUGAGAAAUAUGGCCCAGGGCAUUUGCAGCCGUGAGAAAGCCACUCACACUGGCCACGAAAACUGGCUACCGUCUUGUUAAAAUUCUGAUGUUUCUGUGAAAUCCUCAGAGUGUUUAAUCCUACUCAAUAGUAUCGUUACAAUUUUCUGUAAGAGAAAAUAUUAUUUAUCCUAGUAUUCCUCAUCUGUCAAUAUAAUAAAUAUUGGAACCAAGACAUGGCAAACAUGUGUUGUGCUGGUUUCUGUUCUUUUGAACCUGCUGGUUGUUGAGAUCUAGUCAUUCCCUGCCCCUCUCCUCUCCUCUCCGUUAUGGGGGGUGUUUAGGUUUAAAAAUUCUCGAGGUGACUGUCACCAUGUGUUCCCACUAGGUGGGAUGGUUGACUUUCAAUCUUAUUCCUCGGUCUAUGGUAACUUAUGCUCAAUUUCUCAUUACCAAUCCCUGAAACACAGCACCAAAUAGAUCCUUUAGAUCAACCGUUUGGUGUUAAGAUGGAAUUUUGAUGUAAAAUCUGAAUUGCAAAAUGCCUUAACUAUCAUUUUCCCUGAAUGUACAAACACCUAAAAGCAUACACCUGUUGCUCAACUUCGAUACCUAAUGUUCUGCCGCAGAACUCUUCAAGAAUUAUUCACUCGAAUUGCCUUUGUUAUGUUCAAAUGUGUGUCUCAUUGUUGCAAAAAUAUAUCAGAAAAGAAUGGGAAGGGGGAUGGGAGAAAGAAAGAGAAUAAUUUGAGACAGGAUGGGUGUGGUAAUUCAGAGAAAGGUAUUUCACCUAAUUUCCUGGAAUUUCCAGGGCAUAGGAUGCCUUAAGUCUGAAAUAGAGCCAGGCUCCCUUGCUGUCUGUGCACAUGGAUAACCCUCCCAGGCUGGAAAGAAAAAUUAGCUAUUCUGCUACCAGUGCCGUUGUUCAGAGAGACACUGGCUUUAUUAAAUGUUAGAUUCAUCCACGCAAAACGGUGUACCUGCUUCUUUGAACUCAUGUAUGUUUCCUUUAAACUAGCACUUGGAACACAGGUGUCCUUAUUUUGCUGCUUUAAUUGCACAUCCAGGGUCUUUCCUGAUCUGUAAAGAGCCAUUUGAAGUUAGUACCAUUCCCCACUUCUCCCAAGAGAAUCAUGUUCCUUAUCUUGAUGGAGGGGGGAAAACGCCCUUGGAUUUACCUUCUAGUUAUGACUAGAGGCUACACCCCACCAGCCUUUAUGGGACUCAAGACAAUUUGUAAACUGCCAUGGACAAGAAUGGAUGGGGGUGAGGAGGUGGAGGAGGGUGACUAUGGCAAGAAAAAUGGAUCUGAGAAAUGCACUGUGUCUGGUUAGUGUAACUGUACGUUCUUUGAACAAAUAAAUUAAAAAUAGUUUUGUUUUCUGUAGCCAAGUUUGUGUUUUGAUAUUUUAAUAAAGAAAAGGAUAAAUGUGUAUUAACCA